GCAUUACACAUACAUCAUACUUAGUUACUUGUAAAAAUGAAGAUAAAAAAGAUGAAUACUUUAAAGCUAUACAAUAUAGUAUUUUAUUUAAAAAUUAUAAAAUUUCUCAUUCCAAAUUUAAACAAAUUAAUUGGAGUGGUAGU